GUUCGUGUUCCUGCAGUCUUCAUUCUUUCUCAGCGACUGAGAACCUGCUGUGUGAAAUAUGAGUGGAAGUGGAAGAUCGUUCAGAGCUAGGGGACGAAGAGGCGAUCAAGGGUCUCCUCAGCUGGUUGGGCCUGUGGUUGCCCAGCAGCCUAGUAAUGAACAAUCUCAACAAGAGGAGCCAUCAGGUGAAAGUUGGAAUAUUACUGCUGGUCAGGAGAGAGAAGAUGAGGGAGCACCUGAGAUUCAAGAGACUGAACUGAAAGCUGAUCUCCAGGAACUGUCUCAGCCAAAGAGUGGAGUUUUAAAGAAGUACGUGAGAAAUAUUCAUCAGAAAAAAGCCAUCUCGGGGCAGCGGCAGGGCCUGCCUUGUAUUGCACCACUCCUGACCACAGUGGAGGAGACACCACAGAUCAUCUCUGCCCGAGUCCGAGGACAUUUUCCAAAGUGGCUCAAUGGCUACCUGCUUCGAAUUGGACCUGGAAAAUUUGAGUUUGGGAAAGAUAAAUACAAUCAUUGGUUUGAUGGAAUGGCUUUGCUUCACCAGUUCAAGAUGGAGAAGGGCACAGUGACAUACAGGAGCAAGUUUCUACAGAGUGAUACGUAUAAGGCCAACAGUGUUCGAGAUCGAAUUGUGAUCUCAGAAUUUGGCACACUGGCUUUCCCAGAUCCAUGCAAGAACGUUUUUGAACGUUUCAUGUCAAAGUUUGAGCUGCCUGCCAUAACCGACAACACCAAUGUCAACUAUGUGCGGUACAAGGGUGAUUACUAUGUUAGUACUGAGACCAACUUUAUGAAUAAAGUGGACAUUGAAACUCUGGAAAAAACAGAAAAGGUAGAUUGGAGCAAAUUUAUUGCUGUGAAUGGAGCAACUGCACAUCCUCAUUAUGACCCAGAUGGAACAGCGUACAAUAUGGGGAACUCGUAUGGCCCACAUGGUUCCUGCUAUAAUGUUAUCCGGGUUCCUCCAGAGAAGAUGAAUGUUGGGGAGACAAUCAGUGGGGCCCAGGUGAUAUGUUCUAUUGCUUCUUCAGAGAGGAGGAAGCCUUCUUACUAUCAUAGCUUUGGAAUGACAAGGAACUACAUAAUCUUCAUUGAACAACCUAUAAAGAUGAAUCUGUGGAAAAUUUUUACUUCUAAAAUUCGGGGAAAGGCCUUUUCAGAUGGAAUAAGCUGGGAACCCCAGUGUAAUACGCGGUUUCAUGUGAUGGAUAAACACACUGGACAGCAGCUUCUUCCAGGGAUGUAUUACAGCAAACCUUUUGUUACUUUUCAUCAAAUCAAUGCCUUUGAGGAUCAGGGCAGCGUUGUAAUUGAUUUGUGCUGUCAAGAUAAUGGAAGAAGCCUGGACGUUUACCAACUACAGAAUCUCAGGAAAGCCGGCAAAGGUCUUGAUCAGGUCUAUAAUUCAUUAGCCAGAUCUUUCCCUCGAAGAUUUGUUUUGCCCUUAAAUGUCAGCUUGAAUGCCACUGAGGGAGAGAACCUCAGUCCAUUGUCCUAUUCUUCAGCCAGUGCUGUGAAACAGGCUGAUGGGAAGAUCUGGUGCUCUCAUGAAAAUCUACAUCACGAGGAUCUAGAGGAGGAAGGAGGCAUUGAAUUUCCCCAAAUCAACUAUAGCCAAUUCAGUGGCAAAAAGUAUCAUUUCUUCUAUGGCUGUGGCUUUCGGCAUUUGGUGGGAGAUUCUCUGAUCAAGGUUGAUGUGGUGAACAAGACACUGAAGGUUUGGAGAGAAGAUGGCUUUUAUCCCUCAGAACCUAUUUUUGUUUCAGUACCAGGAGUCAAUGAAGAAGAUGGUGGGGUUAUUCUUUCUGUGGUGAUCACCCCCAACCAGAAUGAAAACAAUUUUCUCCUAGUCUUGGAUGCCAAGAACUUUGAAGAACUGGGCCGAGCAGAAGUACCUGUGCAAAUGCCUUAUGGGUUCCAUGGCACCUUUGUACCCAUCUGAUGGGACAACCACAAGGUAAUGAUAAGAAUACGAAACUGAGUCAUUACCACCAUCAGAUAGGUGGGUGACAGAGGUCCUGGGAGAAGAAAUACAAAUAAUCAUAGAAAAUGGACUUUGAAUAUAGAUCUGAAAAGCACCUUGUUCUUUCCAUCACACUCUGCCUGUUACCAUUGGUCCCAUGGUACUCAGAAGACAGGAAGUCUGCUGUAUCAUGCUUGGAGGCUUCUUCUAAACUGGCUGUUUCUCUGACAUCCACAGCAGAUGCUGUUGCAGUUUUACAACCCUCCUGUGGACUAUCUGCUACCACCCCCCAUCCCACCCCCAGCUUAGCCUUGGGAGGUUGUUGUUUUGAAGGACAUCACUAAAAUAAGGCAUUUUUCUAGUCUCCAAGUGUAUUGAUUGAUGAAAAGUCAGUAGUUCUUCAUUUUGUUGAGUAACAGGCGGCACUACAGACCAUAUAAUCUUCACAUUUCUAAACACCAGGUUUUACUAACAACCCUAAGCAGCCUAGAUCUAUCACUUAAACCAUACUCUUGCCAACACCCUCAAAAUUCCUUGUUCCCUUUUCCUUCAGUUACACUCCCUGCCCUUGGCUGAACUCUAACCCAGGACCAGUUAAACUGUCCAUGCUACCUCUGCAUGUUGAACGUUGGUGCAGAGGGCCCCCAAACGUGUAAUUUGGGGCACCUGUGAACUCAUGUUAGGCUCUUUGCACAGUCCUGGACCAACAUAGUGAGUUCCUUCUCUAAUUUUCCUUAAAAGUUAUUUCAGACUUCACAAACCCUAUCUCAUUUAGUGAAGUGUUCUAUACAUACAAAUGUCAUGUGCAGGGGUUGCACUGUGGCAAUAAAAUAAAAGGCCUUAAGUUCCACGUCUGGGUUUAUGAGACACAGAAGACAACAGCAAGUGUAGAUUGGCAAGAAGAUACCUAAACAGAACUAAUAUGAGGGGACUUCAAAAAAUUGGUGGAAAAAUGGAAUUAAAAGAUAAAAGUAAGAAAUAUAAACUUUAAUUCUCAACAUAAGUGCCAUGAAGUUCAUGGCGCUUUUGUAAGCAAUUAUAGCAGCCAUAUAGUCCAUCACUAAAGAACCAAAGGUCUUGGGAAUUUAACCAUGUCAGUGCAGCCUUUUUUUUUUUUUAAACGUUAUUAACGGAAGAAAAAUGGGUAUACUUUAAAGAUUUUUGAGGAAACAAAAAGAUGUCAAUAGGAGCCAAAUCAGGACUGUAAGGCGGAUGCCUAAUGAUUUCCCAUAGAAAUUCUUGCAAAAUUUCCCUUAUUUGAUGAGAGGAAUGAACAGGAGCAUUGUCACGGUGGAGAAGAACUCUCUGGGGAAGCUUUCCUGGUGUUUUUCUGCUAAAGCUUUGACUAACUUUCUCAAAGCACUCUCACAAUAGGCAGCUGUUAUUGCUGUUUGGUCCUCCAGAAAGUCAACAAGCAAAAUGCCUUGAGCAUCCUGAAACACUGUUGCCAUGACCAUUGCUCUUGGCUAGUUGGCUUUUACUUUGACUGGACCACUUCCUGCUUUGGGUACUUUGUCCUCAGGAUCACACUGGUAAAGCCAUGUUUCAUCUCCUGUUACAAUUCUUCAGGGAAAUGCUUACAUUUGUUUAGGAUUUCCAUAGAAAGCUCUGCUCUUGUCUGCAGCUGAUCUGGACACAACAGUUUUGGUACCCACUGAGUGGAAAGUUUGCUUGACUUUAAUUUUUCAGUCAGAAUGGUAUAAAUGGAACCAAUUGAGAUGUCUGUGGUAUUGGUUAUUGUUUCUGUUAAUCGUUGUUCCUCUUCAAUUAGGACAUGUAUAAAAUUAAUUUUGUCCUCUCAAA